GGAAAAUUGUUGUGUUAACUUGUCCAAGGUUUUGGUUUAGGCCAAAUAUUUAACAAACUAUAAUUUGUUCUUCAAACAGAGAAGUAAUUCAUCUAAAGGCUUCAGCAUGGCCCGAGAACUGCACACUUUAGGAUGGGAUUAUUUGAUGUUUGCCCUAUUCAUCGCGUUUACGGUAUUCACGCCGCUAUGGAAACGCUUGUUUGGUAAACAGAAAGCUCGCAGCAAAGCCGAUUAUGUCUUUGCAACAGGCGGUGUUUCCAUUUUGGCCGUAAUGAUAUCCAUUGCCCGAGGAACCCUGGGAGUAAGGACCGUGUUAGGUUAUCCCAGUGAAUUAUUCUAUCGCGGCUCAGCCAUGUGGGAAAUUAUCUAUGGCAUGGCUAGCGCAUAUCCUUUGGUAUGCUUCAUCUUUGUUCCGGUCUAUUUCAAUUUGGGCAUAACUUCCGUCUAUCAAUAUUUGGAUUUAAGGUCGAUUUUCUUUCUUUAAUUUUAACGCAGAUUUGACAGUUCGAGUGGACACCACCUCUGCAUGGUUGGGUCAACUGUUUGUAUCACUUUCCCAGUUUGGUUGUCAGCAGAAUUUCAUGCAACGUUAUGUCAGUUUAAAAUCAAUGAAGGAAGUUAAACGUGCCAUGAUGUCCAAUAUCCCCAUUAUUUUUGUAUUCUUUUCCCUAUCCUGGAUUACUGGUUUGGUUAUCUACUCAUCCUAUGCAACAUGUGAUCCCUUAUCCGAAGGCUACAUCAAUAAGGCCGAUGAAAUUUUACCCUUUUAUGUUGAGGAUCAAUUGGCAUUCAUACCAGGAUUUUUGGGCAUAUUCAUGGCUACACUAUUCAAUGGAGCCCUGUGCAUGAUGGUAUCCAAUUUAAAUUCUUUAGCAACUGUGGUAUGGGAGGACUUUUUAACUUUGAUACCGAAAUUCAAAAACUUAGCAGAUCGCCAACAAUUGAGUCUCAUCAAAGCAGUAACGGUGGUAUGCGGCAUCCUCAUAAUGGGUGUAGCAUUUGGUGUGGGCCUACUCUCGGGUGUGAUUGAAUCAUCAAUGAUGGCAUUUUCAGCAACAUCCGGUCCUUUAUUGGGUUGCUUUAUUUUGGCCAUGUUGGUGCCGAUUGCCAACUGGAAGGGUACUUCCGCUGGCAUGAUAACGGCAUGCGCUUUCGUACUGUGGAUCAUCGCUGGUGCUUCAACCAUUGAUAAAUCAGCGAGUAAUCAAUUUCUACCAACAUCAACAGAGGGCUGUUCAAAUUUCACAUUUUCGCAAUCGAUACACAAGCCCAUCAGCGAUGACUACUCCUUUUUACCGGCUCAAUCGUCAUGGCUAAUGCAGAAUACUCCAACAACGGAACAGUCUCCCAGCAGCAAUGGCAUCGGCUAUGGGGGCAGUAUUGGUGGUGGUGUUAACAGCAAUUACUUGAUGUUAAACGACACUCUGGCAAGGAUGGCAAAUCUCACAAGAACAAUGGCGACGACAACAACAGCAGCAACAACAACAACUGCUAUUGGAGAACGCACACCAUUGCAAUACAUGUACGGCAUCAGCUACAUGUACUACAGUCUCAUAGGCACAGCGCUGACUGUGCUCAUUGGCUAUAUAGUUAGUUUGUUGACACAGGACCCUAAGGACGCUUACGAUGCGAAACUAUUGCAUCCGGCUGUGUUAAGGUUCUAUCAGCGUUACUGGAAGGGCGACAAGCCCUACUACAUCAAAGAUGUCAGCACGGUUGUUACGAACAUCACCUCCCCCAGUUCUCCAGGUUCUAAUGGCAGUGUUACACGCGCCGGCGUUGGCGCGGAUGCCCACAGUGUUGGCAGUGGAGCCGAUACCAGUGAAGCUAAUGGCCACACUAACUCUGGUGCCAAAAUUAAUCAUGCUUUCGAGCCUCAAAAUGAAGCCAAUAUUAUAAUUGGCCUUGCUAGCAAUGGCAAGGAGAAAAAUUCUAAUCCCUUGGAAGCAACAUUCACGUCAAAUCACUCUAUGUCAAUGGCAGAUGCGGUAACACCAAUAAACUUGACAACAUCAGGUCUCAAACAAAAGCAGUCAGCAUCCAAGCAACACCCACAAUCCCCGACGAUAACUUCAACGGACAACAGGACAAUGGUCAACAAUGACGCUGGCGUUGGCGUUGACAGCAUAGCCUUACAAAUGCCAAAACCUUAUCACAAUAACUCCUCAUCCUCCCGGCCCUCCUCUCCACAUGCUGGUGGUGGUGACAUCACCACAUCCUCCGGCCUGGACAAUAACAAAUUGAAGCUAAUCGAUGUCAGACGGUCAUAUACGCCGCUACAGGCUACAAAGGAGAAUGUAUGAUUGUGAUUUUUGUGAAGCAACGCUCUCACCAAACCCAUGACUAAGCCGCCUAUGCCUCCUAUUGCUCCCGCUCCUCAUCGUCCCCAGUCGUCUGCUGCCGCCUACUGCUGCAGUGGAUGGAUGUUAGUGUGACUUAAUUGAUAUUUACUUAACUAUUGAAAAAUUACAUAUUUUUGUAGAAAUUACAUUAAAAAACUCUUCUCAUGUAUGUAGGGUAUAAUGUUAAAAAUCUCUUGAUCUAGAUAAGAAUUUAAUUUAUUCUAUAGGCCAUUAUAAGAAAAGACUAGUUGUAAGGCAACAACCAACCAACAAGUACACCGAGACACAUAAAACUAAAUGUAAUGCCAAGUCAUAAAAACACAUGCAAUAAAAUAAUGAAUAAAUUGUUAGUAGUUGUAAGAAUUUGAAUUGAAAAUAUAAAUUGAACUAAAUUUAAUGAGAAACUAUAA